CGUGGUAAAAGAGUCGGAUCUUCUUUGGGAGCCGUGGUAAAAGAGCCAAUUUUCAUAAAAGAGCCGAACUUCCCAUCACUACUAUGAGGCAGGAGGAGGAGGAGGAGGAUAUCACACAUCCGCCCGGAGACGCCUCCUUCUCCAGCGGGCUGCAGGAGCGCGUCCGUCGUCUGUGUCCUGACCCCAGACCCCGGUGAUAGAACCGAGGACCGGGGAGCCCUGAGAGUCACACCGCGGCGGAGCUUUAACCUCCGCCGCCAUGGACUAAGCAGAAUCCCGCAGAGAGUCCUCUUCAGUCCCCGGGACCCCUCCCCUCCUCCAGGUGGCGUCAUGGCAUCCCGGCUGCUGGACCGUCUGAAGCGCUCGCUGUUUAAGGACGGCCAGGGGGCGGGACCAGAGCAGGAGGAGGUCGUCAGACAGGAAGAGGAGGGGUUUAACAAUGAGCGCUGGGAGGCGGAGCUGGAGGAGGAGGAGGAGUCUGUGAGCGAUCGUCUCGGAGGAACGCUGUGCUUUGACAGCGAAGGAGGAGGAGGAGGAGGAGGGCUGGAGGAUGGAGCUGAGGGCGAUGGGUCGGGGAUGGACAGCGACUCCGACUUCCUGGGAGAGUCAAUGGAGGAGGGGCUAAGCAGCACAGACGCCAGUCCAGUGGGCGUGUCCCCGGUUGGGCCCUCCCCCUCUGCCAUGCUAACUCGCCAGCUUCAGGAGAGCUGGAGAAGCUUGCGAGGUCUCGGAGGAGGAAGCAGCGCCUCCUCUGGGAGGCGACAGACCGACAGCUUGUUGUUCGAGGUGACCGAUGCCAGUGUGGUGCAGGACGGCUCCUCCAAAUACGUCCUCUACACCAUCCAUGUGAUCCAGUCCGGCGGCAGCGACAAGACUCCGGCCAUCAUCACCCGCCGCUACUCGGACUUCCAGCGCCUUCACGCCACCUUGCGCCGCAACCACGGCGACCAGAUGGAGCGCGUCUGUUUCCCACGAAAGAAGCUACGCAGUAACUUCACGGCGGAGACGAUCGCUAAGCGUAGCCGGGCGUUCGAACAGUACCUGUCUCACCUGUGCUCCCUGUCGGCCCUGAAGGGGGCGCCGUGCGUCCGCCACUUCUUCUACCUGACCGACCUGCAGACUGGACAGCUGCUCAUCAGGGUGGCGCGGUACCAGGAGGCCUUGGGUCCGCUGCUCAACGCCAAGAGACUGCAACUCAAGCUGGGCUGGGCCAGUUACUAUGACAACCAGGCCCCUCCUCUGACCUCCACCCAUUGGUUCUUCACCCUGGUGGCGCUUUCGUGGUGUUUCCAGGAGGAGGACCAGCUGGAGGAGGCUCGAGACCACUGCGACCACGCCCUCCGUGUCCUGACCCCCGCCGAUGAGCCCCUCCCACCGGAUGAGGGACUCCACCCACAACACGAGAAGCCCCUCCCACUCCCACAGACGGACACUUGGCAUCUUAAUGGCGACGGGCUCCACCCCCUCCUGCUGCCGUUGUUGCGGGCGGUGGUUCGCAUGUCAUGGCAGACCGGUAAAGACAAGCGCCAGUGGGAGGAGCUUCUGCACCAGCUGGAGGAGCAGAGGGCGGGGCUUGACAAUCAUCCAACCAUCAAAGAGUUUUUGGUCAAACAUAACCUGCAGGAGAGCGACGGUUAGAUUGGCACGGUGCGACGUGAGUUCAGACCGCUGCAGACGAACAGUCGCUUCAUUCUCCGGUAUUUCAAGUUUGCUUUUAAAACCACAAACAAAAACGUUUCCUAGUCCAGGAAGCAGUCUCCACGGUGACCACUGGUCCAGGAAGUAGUCUCCACGGUGACCACUGGUCCAGGAAGUCGUCUCCACGGUGACCACUGGUCCAGGAAGUAGUCUAGCUGGUGACCAAACUUGAAUGACCAGAAACGCCGGUGAAGCCACUCAGAGAUUUAGUAACAUUGUAACGGAAACUACGCUGGACUUCCGAGCUGCCUCCAAAUGACUGAAAAUAUUCCAGCUGCUUCCAGAACGACUUCAGAGUCUCUGACGGCGUUUCUCCUCAGUGGCCGUGGUUCUCUGACCUUUGACGCCUUAAGUCGGUGAUGGCUGCAGCUCUGGAGCUUUUUAUUCCCAAGUUGCAUCGCUCUUCACUGGGAGCUGCUUUUAUUCAUGUUAUGCAAUUAUUUCCCCCCAAAAUAAUAUGAAAUACAAGUAAAGAAGAAGGGAACUCAUAAAACAUUAGCACCUUGUCUUUUAAAAAGGGCUUUUUUUCUUGUUUUGUAGGAAUUCAGGAUUUAGGAUCAAGUGUAAGAAUCCGAGAAAUAUUUAACUGUAGCCGGAGCUACAGGCUGUUUUUAGAUUCUUUGAUAUUUUACAGUAAUAAUCGAGGACGUAUCAUCCACAUGAAUGAAUGAAUGAAUGAAUGAAUGUCAAGUUUCCCCCGUUCAGACCUCACAUCAACACCUGGUGUCACCUGGUCCAUCUGCCUGGUGUUCAUUAAUUAAAAUGUGUCUCCAUUGAUUCGUCCCCAGCCAGAUCUCGGUCCGUGUGUAAAUGAGCAGCAGCGCCACCAUGUGGUCUGGAGAAUAUUUGUAUUAGCUGCUGUCUCAGAACCAGGAACUCAUGGUUGCUCAGACAUUAAACCACAAUUGCUCAAAAUUCCUGCAGCGAAACUAAAUCUUCGGUCUUUUAUUUAAAUAAUUCUGCGGAAACAUACGUUACGAGGAACUAGAAAACAUUGCGAGCUGGAAGUUCUCUCACAGCUGCUUUAUUGUAGAGACAAAGAGGUUCAUUUCUAACAGUGGAUGAAUGAAUGAGUUCAGCUCCUCUUCUGGUGGUGGUUUUUAACGGGACCAGGACUCAUUAAAGAUACGGAGACCGGAUCAUUGUGGAUAGAUGUUGAUGUGAAGUCUGAACGGCACCAGUGAAUCCUAACAUACAUUUCCUGAACUUCCACAUUUACUUUGUUGGUGCGUUAUGGACACGUCUGCAGGUCAGAGCACCUUAAAACGCCACAGAGGCCUUUACCUUCAGCAAUAAUCAACCCAGCACUCAGACAAUCAGUCGGCGCUCAGCGUUAUAAAGUAAGGGAAAGACUCAUGCUGCUUACAAAUGCUCCUCAGAAUGAUUCUGGUUGGGAUGUGUCACUCCCAUGAAGGUUUUAAUUCCAAUUUAAGGAGCACAUGAAUGUUCUUGCACUAUUUUAAAAGUGACUGGAGUGGCUGUGUUCACCUGCUUUUAAUCCUGAAGGAUGUUUCAUCAGCGGGAAUUACAAAACACUCGGAGCAAUGCCCCCCCCACCCCCGACCAUCUACGCGGAUGUUGUUUCUAUGGAUACCUGUGAAUUUAGUGGUUGUGUUGAUGUGGAGCGGACAACUAGAACGUCAGCAGGAGGAGUCGUGCCAAUGCCUCCGUUGUGGAUAUUAACUAAAACCAUUAUACAAGCACAAUAUUAUGCAAAUAACCACUCGUCACACUUGUUUCAUUUCUUCUUCUGCAUAUUCUGUUUGCAGUCUCGCAGCAGAGACUCGGCCUGUGAAGUUUUCUGUUAAAUGUUUGUGUUCGUGCUGCACUUUAAGCUCCUCAUUCACGCACUCGCUCAGCCAUCAGGGAGUUGAACCAUCAACUCUGGAAUUAGAGCACAUAUACACUCCCUGACCACUUCAUUAGGUACAGUGCUGCUGGUCUACCGCUCCAGUUUCUGGUGGAUUUUCAUUUUGUAGAGCUAUUAAAACUGACAAGUGUUCCUAUUAUUUUGACAUUGUAGCUACUUUAAUUCAGUUUAAUCAUCCAGUUAAAUCACCACCUUUUCUACACCAGGAGAACAUUAGAUCAGUCAUGAAUUAGGAUUCAGAUCUGAAUGCAUUCAGUGUACCUAAUGAAGUGGCCAGUGCAGUGUAUCAUUACAUAUCACACCUUAUUUCACUUUAUAUAAUUUUUUUGUCAUGAAUUUGUAUACAUGUUUUUUUUUUUUUUUUGGAGUGAUCAGUGGGAGGAGGUUGGGGUGGAUGGUUGGGUCGAAAAAACAGGCCAGACUGUGGUCUUUCCCUGAAUCCUUGUCUUUUACUGGAGUAGUGUCACAUCUUAAAGAACAGUCACGGGGGACUGCUAUCACUCGUGUACCUAAUGUUUUGGCUAAGUUAGUGGAUUAUGGAAGUCAGUAAAUCUUCACCGUGACACCUGAAAAAUUAAAUGAAUGAAAAGAACUAUGUAGCCCAGAAAAGCAUUUGAAACUUAAAAAAACUACAACUGUCUUUUAGAAAUGACGUUAUUGAACAACCAGUGUGUUAGCUUUGUUGGCCCUCCAUCGAGCCCAACCUCCUCCUCCUCCUCCUCCUGCUCUCUAUUCGGUCAUUUAAAAAAAAAACAAUAAACAAUCAAACCAUCGAUUUGAUUGUUCCUUUGUUCAAAUUAGGAAAACAUAAUUUCCUGGAGAUGGAUUUAAAGAAAGAUUCUACUUUGGAAAAAAAAUAUAUAUAAAUAAAUAUAAAACGGAUCUAAAUGAAUUUUUUGUUUUGUUUUGUUUUCAGUUUUACCGGAAUCUUAAUGUGAACUCAGAUCUGUUGUUUUUUUAAAAAAAUUUUUUAAAUGUUUUUUGUUUUACUGUAUAUAAAGAUGGACAAAAAGACGUCAUUACUGCAAGUUGUUGAGAACGACGACAAAAAGUGGUGUACCUGUGGUGUAGCAUGAGGAAGCUAAAUAAAAACGCUGAUCCAGUUUCAUUUUACCAGGACGUGCAUUCAUCGUCCUCCGUGGUAUUUUCGUUCAUUGGGACCUAAGAGGUAUAAAAAAUACUCUUUGAACUGGAAGUGGUUUUUUGAAAAAAAAAACAAUGUCAUGUCUCACACGUGGACACAGGGAUUAAUUCACGCUGUACUAAAAUAAAGUCACCAAUAUGUAACAAAUCGUGAGUUUAUUAAGAGCAAAAUCCAACGAGGCUCAUUUUAUUACACCGACUAGUGUGUUGACCCUUUGCUACCACUAGAUGGCAGACUAAAGCGUCCACUUAUGAGGACAAUGGGUUAAAAUGAAGCAGAAUAAGAAGCUGCCACAAACCUAAAAUCUUAAUGUCCCCAUAAGAGGACACAGGGUCUCAGGAGGUUAAUCGGGAGGUGGCAAAGAGUGUGUGUGUGUUGGGGGGGUUGUUGACAUGUCGCCGGCUAGCUGAUUAGCAUGAACUCUACGGAACGUCCGCACAGAAUUAGAGGAGAGUUUCCUGCAGGAUAAAUAAACGACGGAACAACAUUCACCUUUAUAGUGACAUCAAAUAACUAAGUUCACUUCAACAAACAUUAAUAUAGAAGAAGAAGUUCUGUCCCAUUAUCAGACCACUAGGGGGUGAUGCAGGUGACUCGUGGUCCAUCUUUAUGUACAGUUUGUAGUUGAACCCUGGUGUCCUCUCCUGGUUUGACUUCCACUCCAUGUGUUCUUAAGAUGUGGAUGCAGCGCUGCUUUGUAGAGCUUUAAUCAAGUAGAUUUUUGUGGAAUAAAUUUGUCACGAUGAAGUCCGGACUCGUUCUGGUCUUAUUACAGAUGAAUUUAUUGCAGAAGGAAUGUGAAGAUGACAAUCGGACAUCUUUGGAGUUUUAUAAUGAAUAAAGGUUUAAUAAUGUG